CUCGAGUAGUGGCGUUUUGUGAGGGGUCCCGGAAGCGAGAUUUUGCGGGAUCCCAAGUUGUGGCUUUGUAGCAGCUGCGUUUUUAGCGAUUUAAAGUCCGAUUCCAGCCUCAUUUUUUUGGAAGUUGGAAGGUUUCCGGCUCUCAGGUGAAUUUGCUACCGGCAUAGCGCACAGAAUAGGGGCUGCAAGUUCCCCACCUUUUGGCUGUGAGCCGGCCGGCGGCGGCGGGGCGUCCGUCUGCGAGCGUCUGCGGCGGACAGCGGCGUCAGCAUGGCCUCCGGCAGCAGCCAGUCGGCCGUGGCGCGCAGGCGCUGGGAGAUGGCCAACAACAUGGAGACGGUCAGCGCCGUCGACGAGGUGUACCGCUUCGACCAGAAGCAGCAGCAGGACAUCCUGACGGCCAAGCCCUGGGAUAAGGACCCACACUUCUUCAAGGACAUUAAAAUAUCUGCUCUUGCCCUGCUGAAGAUGGUGAUGCACGCUCGCUCUGGUGGCUCUUUGGAAGUCAUGGGAAUGCUCAUUGGCAAGGUGGACGGCAACAUCAUGAUGGUGAUGGACUCGUACGCGCUGCCGGUGGAAGGCACCGAGACCCGCGUCAAUGCCCAGGCGCAGGCCUACGAGUACAUGGCCACGUACAUGGAGCGCGCCAAGCAGGUCGGCCGGCUGGAGAACGCCAUCGGCUGGUACCACUCACACCCCGGCUACGGCUGCUGGCUCUCCGGCAUUGACGUCUCCACCCAGAUGCUGAACCAGAACUUCCAGGAGCCGUUCGUGGCGAUCGUGAUCGAUCCUGUGCGCACCAUCUCGGCCGGCAAAGUCAACCUGGGCGCCUUCCGCACCUACCCCAAGGGCUAUAAGCCGGCGGACGAGGAGCCGUCUGAGUACCAGACCAUCCCGCUGGAGAAGAUCGAGGACUUCGGCGUACACUGCAAGCAGUACUACUCGCUGGACGUGUCCUACUUCAAGUCAGACCUGGACCGCCGCCUGCUUGACUCGCUGUGGAACAAGUACUGGAUCAACACGCUCAGUUCGUCCAAUCUCAUUACGAACGCCGAGUACACGACCAACCAGAUCCGCGACCUGUCCAACAAGCUGGAGCUGGCGGAAAGCUCGUGCGGCCGCGGCAGCUUCUCGCUGGGCCCAGACGUGGACAAGCAGAUGGAAGACAAGCUGAGCAAGGCGCACAAGGACACUGCGCGAACCACCAUCGAGGUCAUCCACGGGCUGAUGGCUCAGGUCAUUAAGGACCGCGUGUUCAAUCAGGCGGCGCGACCGGCUCAGUGAUCGCCUGCCGGCCGGAGCUGCUGGUCAGGUCACCAAGAGCUGCGAGUUCAACGCUACUGUGUUGCCCGCUGACCGGUGGCGCGCUGUGCCGACCGACCUGAGCCGAUGGGCGCACCAGCAGGCACCGACGGCGUCACCAGACAACGCUGCCGACGCGGCGGUGCCACGCCCAGCUGCGCUCGCUGAGGCGCCGUUGUAGGACUGCGGCAGGGCAUGGCUUCCCGUCGGGACUUGAGCGAUGUCUGACCUCGGUCUGCUGAGGUGGUGCGUCGGGCCGCCUGUGCUGCCCGUGCUCUGCCGCACGGGUCCGAACCCGACCCGUCGUGGAGCUCAGCGUCUGGCGGCUGUGCCGCCGCCGACUGCUGCCGCCGCACUGCCGAGGGGUGGGGCGUGGUCUCGUCGGUCUGCCCCGCCGAGAGGUGGGGCGUGGCCUCGUCGGUCCAUGCUGCCGAGGGGUGGAGCGUGGUCUCGUCGGUCCACGCUGCCGAGGGGUGGGGCGUGGUCUCGUCGGUCCGCACCGCCGAGGGGUGGGGCGUGGUCUCGUCGGUCCACGCUGCCGAGGGGUGGAGCGUGGUCUCGUCGGCCCACGCUGUCGAGGGGUGGGGCGUGGUCUCGUCGGUUCGUGCCGCCAAGGGAUGGGGCAUGGUCUCGUCGGUCCAUGCUGCCGAGGGGUGGGGCGUGUUCUCGUUGGUCCGCACUCGGCGAUGGGAGCAGGGACGGCGGCACCGACGGGGGAGGGAUCGCCAGUCAGCAUCGCGCAGACGGGCUGGCAGCGCGGCGCGGCGUGGGACUGUACGUGAACCGGGCCGCGCCGAAGCGUGCUUUUGCAGCGGACUGACUGGUGCGCUGUUGUGCGUCGCAUUCGUACGCAUUAGUCCGCCAACCGAAUCCAGCUCUGUCCGAAUGUGAUAAACCAGACGACAUGGCAUCA